UAGUUUUGAAAAUUGUAGUCUCCAAAAGGUGAGGCAGGAGAAUCACAUGGCCAUCAUCAAAACCCUUCAAUUUCUCCUCAUCCUUUUCCUUUCCUCUCAAAGUUUUGCCCAAAAUGAAGAAGACGACGAAGGAAUCAAAAGAUCAGAUUUUCCAAACCACUUCUUCUUCGGAACUUCCACAUCCUCUUACCAGAUUGAAGGAGGUUAUGUCGAAGAUGGAAGGGGAACGAGUAAUUGGGAUGUUUUUUCUCAUAUUCCAGGAAAUAUUAAGAACAGUGACACCGGAGAUGUGGCCGACGAUCACUACCACCGGUUCAUGGAAGAUAUUGAAAUGAUGAGUUCCAUGGGGAUGAAUGCUUAUCGAUUUUCCAUUUCUUGGACCCGAAUUUUGCCCAAAGGAAGAUUUGGUAAAGUUAAUAGAAGAGGGAUCGUCUUCUACAACAAAAUCAUUGACAAUUUGUUGCUUAAAGGCAUAGAGCCGUUCGUGACAAUUCACCAUCACGAUCUCCCUGAUGAACUUGACAAAAGAUAUGGAAGUUGGAUGAGCUCUCACAUGCAGGAAGAUUUUGUGUAUUUCGCAAAAAUUUGUUUCAAAGAGUUUGGAGAUCGAGUGAAGCAUUGGAUUACUAUAAAUGAGCCAAAUUUGGUGACAUUGAUGGGUUAUAUAAAAGGAGUUUACCCACCGGCCCACUGCUCGCCGCCUUUUGGCAACUGUUCUGUUGGGAAUUCUGAUAUUGAGCCUCUCAUUGUCAUGCACAACAUGUUACUUGCCCAUGCCAAGGCUGUGUUCAUUUAUCGUACCCAGUUUCAGAAAAAACAAGGUGGAUCCAUAGGUCUAGUGGCAUAUUGUCACAUGUAUGAACCAUUAACCAAUAAUGAGUUUGAUCUACAAGCUGUGGACAGAGCCUUGAUUUUCAGCUUUGCCUGGGUUUACGAUCCUAUCGUGUAUGGAGAUUACCCCAAGGAAAUGCGAGAAGUUUUUGGAAGUCAACUUCCAAGUUUCUCGAACACGGAGAAAAAUAUUAUAAAAGGAAGUUUGGACUAUAUUUGUGUCAAUCACUAUACCACGCUUUAUGCAAAAGAUUGUCUUCAUUCUCCUUGCUCUAAUGGUGGAGAUCGUCCCAUAAAAGGAUUUCUUGACACCAUGGGAUAUCGCAAUAGUGUUUCCAUUGGAGAUCCAACGGGAAUGGACAGGUUCUUCGUUGUUCCAAGAGGUUUGGAAAAAACCAUUAACUAUAUCAACCAAAGGUAUCCCAACAAGCCUAUCUUUGUCACCGAAAAUGGAUAUUCUACGCCACCAUCUGAUGGAAACAAAGUUGAAGAUAUAAUAAAUGACACGAAACGAGUCAAUUUCCACAGGAACUACCUUGCUUCCUUGGUUAGAGCAAUGAGGAAUGGUGCUGAUGUGAGAGGGUAUUUUGUAUGGUCCUUAAUGGACAACUUGGAAUGGAUCCAUGGAUUCAAUACAAGGUUUGGGCUCGUGUAUGUGGACUUUCAAACACUUGAACGACGGCCCAAACUUUCGGCCCAUUGGUUUGCUUCUCUCCUUGGCGGCAACCUACAACACUCUUCGUCCAUUCUAAAUAAAAAUACAUUUGAUCAUCUCAUGUAUGAUUAACAACCUAUUUAUUUUUGUAAUCUAUGUGUAACUAUGUAUGCAAAUAUAUGUCAAAAUGAACAUAGCUCAACAGCUCAAGGAGAUAAUGCUUAUACUAUCAAUAUUCUAAAUAGAGAAAAAAAAAAAAAAAAGUUUGAAGCUUUUUCUCACA